UUUAAAAACUACAUUACAACGCACCUCAAAACAAGAAUUAGGGUUUAGUGUUUGUGUUCUCCUCCGAAGGCCGAAGCGAAUAACCCGUCCCAUACAAACCGGCCUAUUUUCAGUCAUGUCGCUGAUAGCAAAUGAGGAUUUCCAGCACAUUCUUCGUGUGCAGAACACGAAUGUGGAUGGUAAACAGAAGAUCAUGUUUGCCCUGACGUCAAUCAAGGGUAUCGGUCGUCGAUUCGCUAAUAUUGUCUGCAAGAAAGCAGAUAUUGACAUGAACAAGAGGGCUGGUGAGCUUUCAGCUGCUGAGAUUGACAGCUUGAUGACAAUCGUGGCCAAUCCUCGCCAAUUCAAAAUCCCUGACUGGUUUCUGAACAGGAAGAAGGAUUAUAAGGAUGGAAAAUUUUCUCAAGUGACUUCCAAUGCUCUGGACAUGAAACUGAGGGAUGAUCUUGAGCGUUUGAAGAAGAUUAGGAAUCACCGUGGUCUCCGUCACUACUGGGGUCUUAGAGUGCGUGGACAACACACCAAGACCACUGGCCGUAGGGGAAAGACCGUUGGUGUCUCCAAGAAGCGAUGAUUUUUUAUUUUUAUUUUUUUUUUUGGGCACAGCUCUCUUUGAUAUUAUGUUUGAUUUUAGGCGACACUUGACCUUAAGAUCUUGCAUCUGAUGAAAUGCCUCGUUGUUGAUCUCUUUUAAAGAACCGUUUCAAUUUCCAAUUUUGGGUUGUGUUAAAUGUUAACUCUCCUUUCUAUAGCAAUUUUGGUGGGUUUGAAGUA